GAGAGGGCUUGAUCCUGCUCACGCUCAGAGCGCUGAGAAAUAGCAGGCAGAAGAUGGCUGACUCUACCGGGCACGGUGAGCCCGCAGCAGCAUCAACUUCACUGGGGCUUCUCAUGUGCCUGCCAUUCGCUGCCACUCCGCAACUCUGAAACGGCCCCGCCUCGCUCCGUGCCGUGCGCCCGCGGGGUUUUACCCCCAAAUAUUGACAGAGAUUUAAAGAAAACAUGGCUGAGAUGGAGAAAGAGGGAAGACCUCCGGAAAACAAGAGGAGCAGAAAGACAGCUCACCCCGUGAAGAGGGAAAUUAACGCAGAGAUGAAGGUCCCAUCCAAUCGGCCCCUCCCAGGGGCGGGGCAGGCAGGCAAUCUCCAUGGCAACUCGCCCUACUUGAUGAGUUUUGCUGAAAACACCAUGAAUGAGUUGCUUGGAUGGUACGGAUAUGACAAAGUGGAGUUACGAGACUCAGAUGACAUAGAGAUCCGCAACUACCCUGACGGAGAAAUGCGGCAACACAUCUCUGUCCUGAAAGAGAACUCUUUGCCAAAAGCAUCCACAGUGGAGAACAGCAGUGGUUCUCCUCCACACGCCAACAGCUCUGGCUCUACUCCGACAUCACGGAAUGGAGUAAUGGCUGAGGGGUCUGCAAAUCCCUCCUCCUCUAAGGAGCACGGAGGCCUGCCAAUCAUAGUGCCCUUAAUCCCGCCCCCUCUGAUCAAAGCACCAGCAGAGGAGGACACCUCUAAUGUUCAGAUAAUGUGUGCGUGGUGUCAGAAGGUGGGAGUGAAGCGUUAUUCUCUCAGUAUGGGCUCUGAACUGAAGAGUUUCUGUAGUGAGAAAUGCUUCGCUGCCUGUCGCCGGGCCUACUUCAAACGCAACAAGCUUGGAUAUGUGAGGAAUUGCAGUGUCUGCGAUUGGUGCAAACACAUCCGCCACACUAAGGAAUACCUGGAUUUUGGAGCGGGUGAAAGACGGCUCCAGUUCUGCAGUGCAAAGUGUCUGAACCAGUAUAAAAUGGACAUAUUCUAUAAAGAGACUCAGGCCGCACUGCCUGGGGGUUUAUGUAACCCUCCUCUCCCCACGAGUGAUAUGAAAUCAGAGAGCGCAGCGGGUGUACAACUCCUUACACCCGAGUCCUGGAGCGCACCUCUAAAUGAGCUCCGCAGUCGCAAGGCACCUUCACCAGGGGGUGUCACCACUGUAGCUGGACCCUUUGGAUCCACCUCAGGGUCACCAUCUGAAACUGGAACUGUGUGUUCCUCCUCGUCCUCGUCAUCCUCGUCAUCAUCAUCUACGAAAAUCCCCACACCGCGGCCACACGAAAGCCCCGCAUUACCGCCACCUCCUCCUCUGCCACCGAUAGCAGGUUUACAUCCAGCUCUGGGUGUGCAACCCGGCAGCCCACCGAUGGUGAUGACACCGCGUGGCCCAAUUCCUCUCCCUCUCUUUAUGGAGCACCAGAUGAUGCAGCAGAUUCGCCCUCCGUUCCUACGUCCCCCAGGCCCCAACAGCCCACAUUCCAAUCCCAUGAUUCCUGGCAUUGGGCCACCACCUCCUCCUCGGACUUUGGGUCAUCCAUCAAGCCCUAUGCACCGCCCGCUCCUUUCCCCCCACAUACACCCAUCCUCCACACCAACCCUUUCUGGGAACCCUCCGGGUAUGAUGCCCCCUUAUCCCGGUGGCCACAUGCCAGCCUUGCCUUUCCCCCCAGUUAACAUGAUGCCACCUGGAUCCAUCCCAGUUCCACCCAUUAUGAAUAUUGGCAUACCUUCUCUGGCCCCCCUAGUGCCACCACCAACAUUAUUAGUGCCCUAUCCAGUGAUUGUGCCAUUACCAGUCCCCAUACCCAUUCCAGUGCCCAUACCAUUCAGUCCGCAGGCUUCUGGUAACCGAUCAGGAGAUGAUGGAACGCUUCAGAACGCUGCGAGCGAGCGGAGUGAUUCAAAAGCACCGCCACCAUUUUCUCAAAGAACCUCCAGAGGGGAGAGGAGGGACUUUCAGCAAGCCCCUCCCACCUCAGAUACACUUUCGCCAGGAUUUUCCAAACAGACGGAGCAGGGCAGGGCAAACAUGGCGGAGCUGAUGGUUAAAACAGAGAACUCUGGUAACGGAAGCUCUGGACACUCCCAAAAAGACACACCAGCAGAUGGAGUCAUUGAUUUAACAACCAGUCGCCGUUCCCGGCAACAGCUAGUUAUCCAGAGGGCUGUAACCUGUGUUCAGGUAAAAGCAGAGCCCGGGUUAAGCCCACCACCUGCAGUUUUGGGUGAAACUGAGGUGGAUGGGUCGGCCGGUACUAGCACAGGUACAAUAGAAGAUAACCACAGAGACAGUAAUGCUGAAAGCCCGUUGGCUAGCGUGGCUCUGCCUUGUGCCAACCCGUCCUACUGCAGCGGCACACCGCCACUUUCUCAGCCAAUCGCAUGCAGUGCCUCCACUGUUCCUAGCAACACCACCACAGCUAAAUCUGAGCCUGGCUCCGCUACACCCUGCAAUGUGAUUGUUAAUGGGAGCUGUAAUGUGCCUCCAGCCGAGAGUUCGAUCAGAACACCUCUGUUAGAGCAGCGCCCUCUAGUGGACCCCUGCCGCAGAACUGCCGCUGUGUGCGACGAGCCUGCGGGGGCCGAUCUAGAAGGAGAGGACCUGAAAGAGAACAGCUGCUUAGCAACAGAAAGAGACUCAGCAGGUAAGAGAAGCUCAAAUGACCAGCCUGCCAUUACUGCAGUAACAGGGGAGGACAAACCUCAGAGCCCUGAAGAUGCCCCAUCUGAUGAGGACCAUGCCUACGCCCUGCCCCUAAUGCCCAAACCUGGCUGUGUCAUUCAGCCCGUGCCCAAACCUGCUGACAAAACCGCUGCCAUUUUGCCCUGUGGCUUGACAGCCCCAUUAACAGGAACCGUUCCAAUGGAAAUGGAGCCUCCGCUGAAGAGAAGGUGUCUGCGUAUCCGCAAUCAGAACAAGUGAAAUAGAGGACAGAAAUCACCAUCUCACCAAAGGGAUAAAGAGGACUGCACUGCAGCAGAGACCAUCAGCUGUCCACAGACUUCAUCCACAAUCCAGCCAAUCAAGAUGUCAACCUUGUUUUCUCCACUUUUCCAAACACGCACAUGAACGUUGCGACAUAAUAUGCACACCGAUCAUCGGGAUUGGGCAGCAGUCUGCUCUGUCUCCACCCAUUUCGGCUAAACAAAGACUGACAUAAAGUGUUAAUCUGGGAAGUAGAUCGGACGUGAUGUUUGACCUUCAACUGCGAUAUCUUCAGGCAAAGUCUGUUCUCAGUCUACUUGUUGAUGAAAGAGAUACUUCUCAUCCUCUCCACUCGACCCCUCCAUCCACGGCUUGUUGAGAGGACUUUCCAACUACUGGUUGGAGGCGGCAUUACAGUGUACAUAUACAGAUUUCCAAAAAGGUGGAGCUUAAGCCAAACACAAUAGAUCUGCCAGGCUGCCAAUCAAACACGCUCAUGAAUAACUAUAAUUUGGAAUAGGGCCAGUCAAAUCCUGCCACAGAUGGAUGGACCAGUUUUCUGCUUUGUGUGUGCAUUCAAAGAAGCUCGGUUUGAUCUGUCUGUACGUUUGGAGUCGGAUGAUUCUGAUUCAAUAGCUUCAGUCAGAAAGACUUAUACAGAUGCAGAGUUGCUCUAAAACUCUGAAUACUCUCUCCUCUCAAAUCCUUCUCCCCCUCACUUCCUCUGACUAUGUGUAUCAGUAUCUGCAACACCAGCAAAACACUCUGUACUCUUUCUUAACCUCUUUCCCUUUCUCUCCUUUCUGAGGGAGAGGUGUUCUGGAACCGGACACCAAAAAAGACAGGAAGAGAGAAACGCACACACACCCUGGAGGGAGUACAAAAACAGAAGGAUGGAGUGAACUUUCGUUUUAUCCCUGGGAAGAAGCUGGAAACUCAUCCAUCGUUGGAGAAGAAAACUAGAAGAUAAGUAGUCUGCACUACUGGAGAACAGUGUAUGUGGAUGGUUUGCUGGUUUAUUGUGCAAUGAAAAUUCAUUCACUCACUGAUUUGAUUGAGGAUUACAGGGUACAGACCUCACCAAGCAUUUUGGCGAACUGUUAAAAUGGCUGCUAGCUUUGCGGCCAUUGGCUUGGAGACUGUCCCACCCAGUCUGUUCAAUCACAAGCGCUCAUUGCCACGCCGCACAGCUCAGCGAAGAGUCGGUCUAACACUGCUGGUGGGUUGUGUACACACUGUCCUGAUGUAUCAGAUGGCUUAGAUGGAAAUCAGUGUCCACAGGGGCAUUUGGGUUGGAUUUCUCAUUAUUUAUAUCAGUAUCCAUCUUAUUGCAGUGCUCUUAUUUAAGAAAAAUCCCUCCUGGGUUUGCUAUCAAGAGUACAAUCAAAACCAGUGGAGAAGUCAGUAAGCGUCUCGGGCAGCUGUGAGCUGGUGUCAAGGGUGCAUUCUUGAGGUUUUUUUAUGCUUUAUUUUUUGCCAAAUCCCAAUCAGUGCUAAAUUAUGUUCAUCACUUCCUUUCCAGCUAUGGUUACAGGAACAGUUUCAGUUAGUUCCAAGGUGCCUCAGUGUAGAGUUCACUUACACAAGAUGCCAAGAACAUUUAGCUUAAAGGUAGACUGGGUUGGUUAGGUGGACACAGAGCCAAAAUGAUUUUAGUUACACAGAGUACUAUAAGAGCUUAAUGCAUGGUUAGCACCUGGGUGCAUAGGUUAUUUGUUUUGACUAAAGUGGAAGAGUGAACCUUAAAGCCAAGCGUGUGCGUGUUUGUGUGUGUGUGUAAUUGGGAGAAGGUGUAUCAGAUUUCUGGCCAAAAUGGAGUCCAGUUUGACAAAACAUUCAAGUUUGCCAAUUUAUUUUGGGAGAAGGUCUAAAAUUCAAGUCAAAAAUUUGUCAAGCAAUGUGUCGGAAAUCACAAGGAGGAUGAAAAAUCAAAAAUACACAAAUCAAAAAUACACAUGAUUUGACAAUAUCGAUGAAUACAAAAGUUUCAGUCAUACAUGAAAAGAGGAAAUAAAUCUAAACAUUUUCAUUUAAACAAUUUACUGA